CCGCGGGGAAAGGAGCCAUCAGACCGUCUGGAUGGAGGAACAGCUAAGUCUCUACCUCUUUCGGAGGUAGAGACCACAGGCUGCAGGCUCUGUGCAUGAGAUCUGCGAAAUGAGUGUCCCUGAGGUGGAAGAUCACAUCUCUCAGAAAUAUGACAUUAAGAAGCGUCUUGGAAAGGGGGCAUAUGGCAUUGUUUGGAAAGCCAUCGAUCGCAAGACCGGGGAAAUUGUUGCUGUGAAAAAAAUCUUUGAUGCGUUUAGAAACCGAACAGAUGCUCAGAGAACAUUUCGGGAAAUCAUGUUCUUGCAGGAAUUUGGUGAACAUCCGAACAUUAUCAAACUGCUAAAUGUGAUCCGAGCUCAGAAUGAUAAAGACAUUUACCUGGUCUUUGAGUACAUGGAGACGGAUCUUCAUGCUGUAAUUAAGAAAGGAAACCUUCUAAAGGACAUACACAUGCGAUACAUCUUGUACCAGCUCCUCAAAGCCACCAAAUUUAUUCACUCGGGAAAUGUCAUCCACCGUGACCAGAAGCCCUCUAAUAUCUUGCUCGAUGCUGACUGUCUAGUGAAACUUUGUGACUUUGGACUGGCACGCUCUAUGUAUCAAAUCCAAGAGGAUUCUGGGAACCCAGCUCUUACUGAAUAUGUAGCGACAAGGUGGUACCGAGCUCCUGAGAUCCUGUUGGCCUCUCACAGAUACACCAAGGGAGUGGAUAUGUGGAGUGUGGGUUGUAUAUUAGGGGAGAUGCUGCUUGGAAAGCCUCUAUUCCCUGGAACCUCCACCAUCAACCAGAUUGAGCGAAUCAUGAACGUUAUCCCACCACCCUCCCAGGAAGAUGUCAUGGCUAUAAAGUCAGAAUAUGGAUCCUCUGUCAUCAGCAGAAUGGGCUCACGGCACAGGGUAACCCUGCAGGAGAUGCUUCCUCCUACUUCACCCCCAGAAGCUCUUGAUCUUCUCAACAGACUUCUGGUCUUCAACCCUGACAAGAGACUGACCGCUGAAGAGGCUCUACAGCACCCCUACGUGAGAAGAUUCCAUGCCCCAGUUCGAGAGCCAGCUCUGGAUUAUGAUGUCAUUCUUCCUUUGGAUGACGAUAUACAGUUGUCUGUGGCAGAAUAUCGCAAUAAAUUGUAUGAGAUGAUGCUGGAGAGGAAAGUAAACACAAGAAAACAGAAAAGACAAAUUAUGAAAGAAAGUGUCAGCUCUGUUCCCAGUAACUCAGUGGAACCCAAAAAUGAUCAAGGGAAUGCUGGUCCCACUUCAACCAAAGCACAAACUAAUCCUGCUGGCAGAAAUCUGGAGCCUACGGGGAGCAGUGUACCACAGGCUACCACCACCACUGCAGUGUCUAAAUCUGACAUCUCCCAGCCCAACCCAAAAUCCAGACCACCCUCGUACAACCCUAUAACACACAGUGUGACAAACGAGGAAAGGCGAGCGGUACAGGAGACUGCCGGGCUCCCUCAACAUAAGAAGUCAGUACAUCAGAUGAAUCAAGAGCAGUCUGUAGCUUCACAGCAAGGGAUGGACAGUGGUGAACCUCAUGGAAAUGGGAAGGGUACGGAUCUGCGAGGAAAGACUGCGCCUGUUGCCCGGACCCGCUCUUUUUCCCUCGCUCAGCAAGCUAGGACAGCUGCUUCUAACAGUUCUUUAACACGGAAAGACUUAGUACCUUUGGGACCAGUGAGUGUGGCUGCAGUCAGUGCUAGACUGAACCAGCGCACACCUGUCCCUCAGCCCCGCGAUAAUCGCUCUGCUCAGAAAUUCAGCAGGAAAAUGUUCCAGGGUACAGCCAACGUGGGAGCAGCCGGCGACCCCAAGGCCUCAUUGCAGAGCUAUACUCAAGCAUACGGCACCAUCAGUAAAUCUGCACUGCAGGGUUUGCCUCUACAGAAUAGCGGACACGGAGGGACCUAGAGAGAGAUUGCGCCCAAGCUGGCGCAGAGCAGGACUUUUCUCCAGGAGCCUCCCGAGGCUUUCCCUAAUCCUUCUGUAAGUGCCUCAUCAAGACCCCAGUAAGGUGCCCUUAUUGUGGAGCUCCUGUCUGGUAGCUUCAAACAUCACCUUUAUCCUUGGUGACCCAGGUUCCAUACUCAGUGUGCCUCCUUUCACCACGUAAAAUGUGCCUUUUCUGCCAGGCAUCAAGCCACCAAUUAACGCAAUAAAUUCCACGCAGGCCUGUGGCUUGGUCUGUGGCACAAUGUUUUGUGGGUUUCUCAUGUUGUAUUAUGAUCCUGUGAAUUGUACAAAAUGUGAAUUCUUUGAUAAAACACAAUGUAACUGGA